ACUUUGACACUUUGUCAAAUAAUUUUUUGUUGGAGCUUCCAUAUUUGCCCUACAAAUUAUUUAAAAAAAGGAAAAUAAUAACAUUCAGAUCCUUCACUGACAGGGUAAAAGUAGCAGUAAAAAAGAAAAUUGGAAAACCGAAUAAUUCGUAAGAAUCUUAUUUCCAGACCCGCACCAAAACAAGAGAUGGCAGAUUCUAAGAUUUUGAGACCAGUAAUUACUCCGUACCAGAAAAGACAAUUGCGAACUAUGGUACCGUCUAAUUGGGGAACCCAAUUUCACAGACGAGAAAAUUCACCAGAAAAACGCGUUAGCAAGCAGAAUUUCAGACACAUUUGCAAUUUGUGUGGAAAAUUCUUCAAGGAAGGACUGGAUCUUCUGGCUCACGCUGAACUACAUGCCCGUGGUUCAGAAUGUCGCUGCAUGAUUUGCGGCGAGGUGUGCCUGGGGGACAACGCAUUGGCCGGUCACGUACAAAGUACUCAUAAAAACUUACCCCAGCAUAGCUGUGCUUUGUGUGGUCGUAGAUACAAAGACAGUAGAGCUUUAUUGAAGCACUCGUGGGAACACUCGAAAGAAAAGGCUUUUAGUUGCACAAAAUGCCCUAAAACUUUUUACAAUUUGGUUCAGAUUAAGAGGCACAUGAUUUCGCAUAGAGAUAAGACGGUGGCUUGUGAUAUUUGCGAAGAAGAUUUUCCGGAUGGAAGAAGUUUACUGAAUCACAGGCAUUGCCAUAGCAAUGCACCUGGUCAGCGAUUUCCUUGUAAUGUGUGCGGGAAAACUUUUGGGACCAGAAGCUCACAGCAAAUUCACUUUCGGAUCCAUACAGGUGAGAGACCCUACAAAUGCCGUUUUUGUUGGAAAGCUUUUGCAGACGGAGGAACUUUGCGCAAACACGAAAGAAUCCAUACUGGCGAAAGACCCUAUGCUUGUGCAGUAUGCCCGAAAGCAUUCAACCAAAGGGUAGUUCUUAGAGAACAUAUAAGGUCGCAUCAUUCAGAUCCCGAUCCAAAAUUCUUGCGCAGCACGACACCCUAUUUUUGUGCCGUUUGCUCCGACAUGUUUACCAUAUCCGAAGAUUUGAUACUUCAUUUGAUUCAUCAUUGUGAUAUUACCACUGCUAUGAACAGACAACCACGAGUGGGACCCAGGAGAUAUAAACGGCGAAGAAUGGUGAAACCUUUUGAACCUGAGAAGUUUAUUAUAAUAAAUGAAAGAGAAGCAAUGGAUGAAGAAGAAGAGUAUGUUAUCCCAGAGCCAGAAGAAAAAGUAGCGGAAGGAUCUAGUUCUUCACAAUCAAAUAAUGUAAAUGAGGUGGUGGAACAAAGUGAAAACGAAAACGCGCCAACUAAUUUAUGUCCAAAAAUGAUAUACACGCAAAAGACUAGAGUCCCAGUUGAGACCAGGGUUGAUGUACAAAUUAGAGACAAAGCUGUGGUGAUCAAGGCGCAGCCUGCGAUAAUUAAAACCUCUACAGAAAGCAGUGUCAGUGUCAGAUUGGAUGAACAAGAACAAUUGAAAAUAAUACGAAAUGAUACCGUUUAUGAUGAACCACAGCAAUCCAGUCUACUAUAUAUCAAUGAAGUUAUAAUUGAUGCUAGUUCAAAUCAGAUAAUCGAAAAUGAAGAAGUUAUCGAGGAACCCGUUCAAGACGAAAUACCAAUUAAAAAUUCGCCAAAGAAUGGUUAGUUCUAAGGGCGAGUCCAAUUAUCAAUAAUGUACCUGGAACUCCACAAUCAAACUUUGAAUGUGAAAUGCGCAAUCCAAAAAAGACGCAUUUGUGUUUUCGUGUCGGUGGAUAUUUUCAAUAUUUAUUAUUUUAAUGUUGUUGAUUAGAUUAGGUUGGUUGGUUAGAGAGACUUUAUAUAUGCAUAGAUAUAUGAAAGUUUUAGAUAAUAAUCAAAAUGUUCGAUAUUUGAAUACCGAAUAUAUGAAAAGAUAGAGUAUUCAUGUAUCUCGAUACAUAUACUUACAUAUUAUUCAAUUGUUAGAAAUAACGGUCAUGUCUUGAAUAUAUUUUUUUUAUUUAAAUAAUGCUCAUUCUCU